AUGGUCUUCCAGGCAAUUUCCAAUAUUCUAAGAAAGAGCACAUUGAAUACAGAAGUUAAUUCAAUAUCCCGUUUAUUGAGGAACAGUUUCUUAAAUGUUAAUGAUGCUUUCAAUUCCAGUGGUCUUGCAUUAGCGCCAGCUGGUUUAAAUUCAAUUGAUAAAGAACUAGGCUCAAUUGAUAAAGAACUAGGCUCAAUUGAUAAUGAUAAUGAAGGUAAUAUUUGGGAUAUAUUUAAGAAUAAUAAUGGAUUUCUUCUUGCAGUACCGAAGAAGAAGGUGUCUCAUCAAAAGAAGAGACAAAGAUUAUACGCUCCAGGUUCGAAGCAAUUAAAAUUGAAGAACAAUUUAACGAAAUGUCCAUCUUGUGGCCAUUAUAAGUUAGCCAAUACAUUAUGUACAUUUUGUGUUGAUGAAAUCCAUCAUAUUUGGAAAAAGCAUACUAUCAAUGAUAAGAAGGGUACGCCUGAAAUUCCAUUGCAAGAACAAGAUUUGAGUGCGAUUGAUUUAAGAGUUUUAUAUCCUGGUAAGAAAGAUACGGAAUAUGUCAAAAAAUUAAAGGAUAAAGAUAGUUAUUUGAAACGCAAAAUCAGAUCUCUACCUGUCGAAGAGAAGUAA